UUAUCCGGGGAUGUCACACCACCACUGCUAUUUUCUCCCCUCGGUUCCUCUCACUCUCAGCACACAGCUCCAGCGGACUGACUGACACGGGGCUUUGGACAGAAAACACAAGAACAAUAAGAUUCACAUCCAAAAGCCAGAGAUGGCAGAGCUCGGAGCGGGAAGCCUGUCAUUAGGAGAUCCUGCUUUUAAUUACCAGGAACACGAGCUGAACGAGAGGCUGAAACGUCUGUACCCGGCUGUGAACGAGGAAGAGACCCCUCUACCCCGAUCCUGGAGCCCCAAGGAUAAAUACAGCUACAUUGGACUGUCACAGAACAACCUGCGGGUCCAUUACAAAGGCCAUGGAAAGAACCACAAAGAUGCAGCAUCAGUGCGAGCCACACACCCAAUCCCCGCUGCCUGUGGGAUCUACUACUUCGAAGUCAAGAUUGUCAGCAAAGGCCGGGAUGGGUACAUGGGCAUCGGCCUGUCGGCCCAGGGAGUCAACAUGAACAGACUGCCUGGAUGGGACAAGCACUCAUACGGUUACCACGGAGAUGACGGCCACUCCUUCUGCUCCUCUGGGACCGGCCAACCGUACGGCCCAACAUUCACCACGGGGGAUGUCAUUGGCUGCUGUGUUAACCUCAUCAACAACACUUGCUUUUACACCAAAAAUGGAAUCAGUUUGGGUGUUGCUUUCACAGACCUCCCUCCCAAUCUGUAUCCCACAGUGGGGUUACAAACCCCGGGUGAGAUCGUGGAUGCUAACUUUGGUCAGCAGCCGUUUGUGUUUGACAUCGAGGACUAUAUGAGUGAAUGGAGGGCCAAGAUCCACGGCAUGAUUGCUCGCUAUCCUAUAGGAGAGAGGCUGGGGGAGUGGCAGGCCGUCCUGCAGAAUAUGGUGUCCAGCUACUUGGUGCAUCAUGGGUACUGUGCCACUGCAACAGCAUUUGCCAGAGCCACGGAGACGAUGAUACAAGAGGACCAGACAUCUAUAAAGAACAGACAAAGAAUACAGAAGCUGGUGCUGGCAGGACGGGUGGGUGAAGCCAUAGAAGCUACUCAGCAGCUUUAUCCCGGCCUGUUAGAGCACAACCCCAACCUACUGUUCAUGUUGAAGUGUCGUCAGUUUGUGGAGAUGGUGAACGGUACAGACAGUGAGGUCUGCUGCUUGACCAUUCGCUCGCCAAAGUCCCAGGACAGUUACCCUGGCUCACCCAGCCUCAGCCCCCGCCACGGAACCAGCAUCACACACCUGCACACCGGAGGAGCAGACAGCCCGACCUGCAGUAACGGGGUGACUCCCUCCAACAAAUCAAAGAGCCACAGUGGCCCUGGCAGCAGCAGCGUCAAAUACCCUAGCAUCUCCUCCUCUGCAUCUUCCUCAACCUCUUCCUCCCCUUCCUCUGUCAACUACUCCGAGUCCAACUCAUCUGACUCCACAAAGAGCCAGCCUCACAGUGCCAACAGCACCCAGGAAACAAGUGACAGUGAGAUGGAGAUUGAAGCAGAGCACUAUACCAAUGGGGUUGUUGAGAGCUCCUCAGCACGGAUCAUGAACGGCACAUACAAACAUGAAGAGAUUCUUCAGCCGGAUGACAACAGCAUUGGCAAUGGGGUCACAGAGGAGGGCUGGAGUAAUGGUAGACAGCUUUGUGGAGGGAACCAGGCAGCCACAGAGAGGAUGAUCCAGUUUGGGCGAGAGCUGCAGGCACUCAACGAACAGCUUUGCCGCGAGUAUGGAAAAAACGCCACACACAAGAAGAUGUUACAGGAUGCAUUCAGCCUGCUAGCGUACUCAGACCCAUGGAACUGCCCAGUGGGCCAGCAGUUAGAUCCUACACAGAGAGAAUCACUCUGCUCCGCACUCAACAGCGCCAUACUGGAGUCUCAAAAUCUGCCGAAGCAGCCUCCGCUGAUGUUGGCGCUUGGCCAGGCCACAGAGUGUGUUCAACUCAUGGCUCGAGUCCGGUCUGGUUCUUGCUCCUUCGCCAGAGUGGACAACUUUUUGCACUAGCCCAGGUUAAUGUUAAGUAGCACUGAGAUAAGGCUUGUCCAGCAGGUAGGUGUCAUGGUGACAGAGGAAACAGCAGGAGUGUGAUUGGUGUGUUUGGCUGUCUGUCAAACCGAGCCAGCGGCACAAAGCGAAGCGGAGGAGACGAGGAAAGAAGAAAGCUUCCUUUUAAUUUAGUAUUAUCAAAUAAAGAAAUGUGUGACACUAUUUAAAGAUAAUUAUUAUUCUGUUUAUCUAGCCAUUUUUAUAGUUCUAUUUUUGUCAGUUUGUUGUGGUCAUCCUGGACAAGACAACAUGUAACUCCCCUUUUUAUUUUUGCUUCUGUUUUUCAUGGGUGGAUUUUGAUUCCCUACCUUCAGUAUUUUACUCACAUUGUUGUUGUUUACCAUAUCGCAGACCACAAUACCUACAUCUGUUUAGUCCAAAAACUGAAGGUUAAACUUGUCUGACAGCUCAAUCUGAGUCUACAUUCAUGAGGAUGAGCAAACAUGAAAAACACUUGUCAUUGUGUGGCGCAUUUCAUUUUUCUGGUCAUUGCUUUUGCUUUCUCGUAAACACGCUGCUACAGUAGUUAGCUGCACCAAAGUUGGACAUCAGUGGGUCCCCAAAUUGUUCCAGAAGGUUAGAGGGAAAGGACAUAGUGAUCUGUAUCACAGCGAUGGUAUGUUUUAAGAAUGUAAAAUAUCCGGAGUCAACAGGCUACAAGCCAAAAAAUGAAUUCUGAAAAAAACAUAACUUUUCUAAAACACAUAAUUGACAGGCCUCUGUGGGGGUGAAUACGGCCAGCAACCAGGAUUAGAAUUUGACUGCAGGUGUUACAGUCUUGAUUUUACUGUCAGGAUUAGACCAUCACACAAUCAGUGGUGUUGUUGAAGGUGGCAGAGCUCAGCCACAGCUGCAGCUACUAUACCUGCUUACACAACUCCACGCCAUGCCAAUCAUUAUCAUAGGCAGACUAACAAGCACAGAACGAGCGCAGCAAGAAGUCAAGUCACUCCUGGGCGUUUCAUUAGAGCAGGAUUCAUUUGUUACAUUGGCAGUCUGCUCUGUGCCCAAAGUCAGAUAUAAACUCAUUUGCCACAAAGAAAGGUUUUUAUUUUCAAGAUGGUGAUAAUUGAAUCCCACUCUUACUUUCAUUUUGGACUGGUGAUACCUGACCACUCAGUGUUUGUGGAAACCAAUUGUACUUGUAUCUUUUUUUUUUAUUCAUGACAACUUGUAUCCGUUUCUCUUAUACCCAUAAGGUGACCAUUUCCUUCCCUAUUAUUAAUAUAGUCAAGUCAGUCUCAUUCAUAUGGCCAACCACAAAAACAGAAGAGUGUCUCAAAGUGGUGCUCAGUGUGUACAAUAACUGGAUUAAAAAUGAGAUUUACAAAGUCACAUUGACCUGGAUCAGCAGGUGUGAUUUUGGAGUCAGAUCAGCUGUAACAGAAAAACAAAUGGCGAGUUCAGCUACAAAAGCUACAGCAUGCUCAUUGAACCUUCAUUGCUGUCUGCUACUUCAUAAUGAGCCUACAUUUCAUAUAAUGAUAAAUAAUAAGAGGGAUAAAUAAAUGACAUUGGGAACAAAUCAUACAAAUUACUUCAGUUGAAUAUAUGAUUGAACUUAUACAUACAUGGUGAGUUAAUUUAAUCUAACUAUUGGUCUACAGGUAAUUGGGAUACCCUUUUCAAAAGUUGUUUUUUCAUGAUUGCAACUUUCACUGAAUCUUUGUUUUGUUUUAGCUCCCUCUCUUUUCAACCAAGCUCUAACAGCUUGUGCACGCAGGCUCAGCGACUGCUACCACUACUUUGCCUGCUAGCUCUUGCCUGUAGGCGGCUUGCUAGCUCUUUGUUGUGGUAUGUACUUCACCAGCUCAGAUGGUGGUUGCUUAUUAACACACUGCAUUAAAUAGAAACUAACCUUAUGUCAAAUUAUGCUCAAGGCUUAAAUAUGACCUGCCUAUCAAACUAAGUUGCAAGGCUGAUUCUUGACCUUGAAUUUAUUACUCAGCGUUAAAGUGAGAAGACGGUGUUGACAACAUAAUGUAAUGAGCCUGUUUAUCCAGAGUGUGGCACUGUUUUUUGAUCAUGGGUAUUUCCCUCAAAGGAAAGUCAAACACAACUCUGUAAAGAGCUGAACACACAUUUAUUGUCCUUUAUUUGGCUAACAGGAGUAGAACCAAGUUAAGUUAUAACUCAAUUGUUUCAGUUUUUUUGGCUCUUUUACUUAAAAAUAUGAAGCUUGACAGCCUGGUUAUACCUUUAAUAAUGGACUAGUUGGCUCCUCGUAAUGUUAUUUUGACAUUUAUGUUGACGCUAUCAUGAUUGUGUGUUUCGCUGCAGAUAAGGGGGAAUGGGAUUUGUUACGACAAAAAUGGUGAAUUAGAUUAAACAAUAUCAAACUUCUGUGUUCAUCAAUAUUCCCCUCUUGAUUAUACAUUUGAAUAGAUCCACCUCUUAGCUCUAUCUGACAUAUUUGAAUUCUUUUGUUUUUACACCAGACCUGUUUUCUGCCAAAUAGCACUGACUGAAUGUUGUUUGACUUUUGGGCAAGCUGUUACUGCGGCUGCUUUGUUGUGCCCCGGGAAUGGCUUGUGGAUCCACCUUGAUGUGUAUAUUACCAUUUAUAAGAUUUAAGUCUAUGGUCAAAACAAAACAUGGUUUAAUAUAAAACUGGAGAUGUGUGUAUGCAAUGUGGGGUUUACUACAGGGUAUGUUGUCAAAGUUUUACCUUGCUGUUUUUGUAAAGACCUUCUGCUAUAAUAGGAACUAUUCUAAUACACACACUCAUAACUUCUGCUUCCACAGCUGAAAAGGACUUCUGUUACACAUACACACACACACACACACACACACACACACAGACACACACACAGACACAGACACACACACUUACCGUUAAUGAACAACCUUUGUUACAUACCUGUAGGGAACAAGUCUCCCAGCUGUCCUUUGUGUUUGAGCCUGGGCUGAGUCUCAGCACUGUUAUCACACUCUCUUCCUCUAAAUCCCUACAUAGACAUAGGCACUGAUGUGAUCAGUGAUCGUUUUAACAUAAAGGAGGGUGUGAACAGUUUCGGAAGUGGGCCCAAGGCCUCUGAAGCCACGUUUUUUUUUUUUUGAGAGGCUGGAGGAAUGGAUUUAGGCGUCACAGACAAUUGACUUCUAUCAUAAUUUUGAUUUCAUAUUUUGAGUUUUAACAAACAAUGAAAAUAAAAACAACAACUGGGAACUGAGUUACCCUCUACUUAGCAUGACUUUUAAAACAAAAUAAAAAAAAGGAAAAAUUGUAAUUGAAAAAAAAUACCUAUGUACUGGAAACAUGUUAAAAAAUAAAUAUUGUAUUCUGUUUAAUUUUGACAGAAUUAUUUUUAUUAAAAUACAUCCAUAAGCAUA